AUGGCGCCUGCAGACAUUCUGACUGUUGGUCCCGGCGAGGCCAAGCUGCCUGCGCCCCGCUCGCUGCUGAGUUGUGGCGCUGGCGCUGGGCCUCCCGCCGUUGUCGCGCCCAGCGAUGCCCCGCUGCUGGACCUGUUUGCCACCAUCAACCGGGCCUUUGAGGAAGAGCGCGCCCGAGGCUACACCAUCAACGCGCACCAGCCGCCCGAGUCGACGGCACGGCUGGAUGCUGCGGUGCGGGCAGCGGUGGGCGCGUAUGUUGCGGCGGGGCACAGCGACUGGCGGCAGCUGGCCCGGUUCAACCCGGAGCACUAUGUCAGGCACCUGGUACAAGACAAUGCCAACUUUGAGAUGAUUCUGAUUUGUUGGGGCAGGGGCCAGCAGUCGCGCGUCCACAACCAUGCCAACUCCCACUGCUGGCUCAACGUGCUGAGCGGUGAGGUGGAAGAGCUGCGCUACUCCACCGGGACCACCCCCGUGCAUGUGGAGCCCGCUGUGGCUCCCCGCCUGCCCGGCGUCAUCUCUGCCACCACCCCAUGCCCGCUGCUGGUGCCCACCGGCGUGAGCAGGAUCAAUGACAGCAUGGGGCUGCAUGCAGUGCGGUGCCCUGACGAUGCCUGCUGUGAGGGCGAGGGCAGCAUCAGCUUGCACAUCUACGCGCCGCCCAUUCGGCGGGUGCGGCUGUACGAGCCCGAGGAUGACAGGGUGGUCACACGCGCCCCCGGCUUCAACACCAUCCGUGGCCUGGACGAGGAGCACUGGCAGCACGCCUCCCACAUGUCAUCCUCGCUGUGA